GGAGUCUGACCACCAAGUCAUUUUGUUUAAAGUAAAGUUAGAAAUUAAUUGUAUUUAGCUGUACUUUAUUCACUACAAAUGGGGUACUUAAAACAGUUAGACGUAGAGAAUUUCAAAUCAUGGAGAGGGAAACAAGUGAUUGGACCUUUUAAACGAUUUAACUGCAUUAUUGGCACUAAUGGCUCAGGGAAGUCUAAUGUAAUGGACGCCCUGGGGUUUGUUAUGGGUGAGCGGGCUUCGAACUUGAGAGUGAAACACACUCGUGAACUUAUCCAUGGAGCGCAUAUCGGGAAGCCAGUUUCCAAAACGGCCAGUGUUACUAUGAGAUAUUGCAACGACGACGAUGAAGAGUUGAAUUUCUGCAGGACCGCUUCAGGUGACUCUUCCGAAUAUUCCAUAAAUGGCAAACACGUGACGUUGGCCAAGUACACUGGAGCGCUGGAGCAGAUUGGCAUUGUGGUGAAAGCCAGGAACUGUCUAGUGUACCAGGGUGCUGUGGAGUCCAUCGCCAUGAAGAACGCCAAGGAGAGGACGCGCAUGUUCGAGCGGAUCAGCAACUCUCUGGAGCUGGCGGGCGAGUACGAGAAGAAGAGCGCCGCGCUUCAGAAGGCCAAGGAGGACACGCAGUUCCACUUCAACAGGAAGAAGGCCGCCACCGCGGAGAGGAAGCAGGUGUCCAAGGACCGGGCAGAGGCCAUGAAGUUCCAGUCGUUGCUGGAUGACGUGGGGGAGUGUCGGCUGCAGCUGAACUUGUUCCAGCUCUACCAGAACGAGCGCGCCGUGCAGGCCGUGUCGGGCAACCUGAAGGAGCGUCAGGACGCCGCCGCCGCCCAGAAGCAAGUUCUGGAGACGUGGGAGCAGAUGGUGAAGAACCAGAAGAAGGAGCACGGGCGCCUGAGCCGAGAGCUGCAGCAGAUGGAGAAGCAGAUCCGCGGGGAGGAGCAGAAGCUGAGCCUGCAGAGGCCGCAGUACAUCAAGGCCAAGGUGAACACGUCGCACCACGAGAGCAAGGCCCAGGAGGCGCGCGCCGGCCUGCAGAAGGGCCAGCGGCAGCGCGACAGGAAGCAGGCCGACCUGGACGAGCUGCAGGGGCAGGUGGACCAGCUGGACACGGCCUGGAGGACCUACGAGAGGGAGGUGGAGCAGGAGGAGGCCACCAGGGGCCAAGACGUACAGCUAGGGGAGGCACAGCUGACGCGCUACAAGGAGCUGAAGGAGAAGGCGAGGAAGCAGAGCGCCACUGUGGAGCAGCAGGCCGAGAAGCUGCAGUGGGAGACCAAGGCCGACCGGGAGAAGCUCAACUGCGACCAGAGGAGGAAGAUGGAAGUGGAGGCCAACAUUAAGAGCAGUCAGACUCAGCUGGAGGACUUCAGGAGGAGAACUGAAAAACUGGAGGAGUACACCGCCACCUGCAGCUCGUCGGUGGAGGAGCUGCGCUCCCAGGAGGAGGGUGUGGAGCGUGAGCUGGAGGGGGGGCGCGUGCGGGCGCGGGAGCUGGAGCAGGAGCUGGGGGCCGUGCUGGGGGAGCUGCAGAACGCGCGCGUGGACCACCACGAGAACCGCCGCCAGCAGAGGCGCGACGAGCUGCUCGAGAGCCUGCGCAGACUCUACCCGGACGUGCUGUUUGGGCGUCUGGUGGACCUGUGCCAGCCCAUCCACAAGAAGUACCAGCUGGCCGUCGCCAAGGUGUUCGGCCGCUACAUGAACGCCAUCGUCGUGGCGACUGAGAAGGUGGCGCGCGAGUGCAUCAAGUUCGUCAAGCAGGAGAGGGCGGAGCCAGAAACGUUCCUGCCCAUCGACUACCUGGACGUGCCGCUGCUGAACGAGCGUCUGCGUGAGCGGCGCGGCUGUAAGCUGCUGCUGGACGUGGUGCAGACGGCCGCCGGGGCGCCGGAGCUGAAGAGGGUGCUGCAGUUCGUGUGCGGGAACACACUCGUGUGUGAGACCAUCGAGGAGGCCCGCGUGCUGGCCUUUGGGCCGGAACGCAUGAAGACCGUGGCGCUGGACGGCACCAUGUUCUCCAAGUCGGGGGUGAUCUCUGGCGGCUCUCUGGCCCUGCGCAGCAAGGCUCGCCGCUGGGAGGAGAGGGACAUGAACAAGCUCAAGGAGAAGAAGGAUCAGCUCACCGCAGAACUACGGACCCUGAUGAAGCUGAGGCAUAAGGAGGCCGAGCUGAAGCAGAUCAGAGCGCAGGCUCAGGGCAACCAGACGCGCCUCAAGUACUCACACACUGAGCUGGACGCCCUGCGCAAGAAGACCAUCCCUGCCUGCCAAGCCGAGAUCUCUCGGCUGGAGAGCGAGCUGUCUAACCUGGAGUCUCAAAUUUCUGUGUCAGAGGAUAACUUGGAGCAAAAGGAGAUCGAGCUGAAGAGACUCAGAGACAAGGCCAACCAGAUGGAGGAUGUUGUUUUCGCAAAUUUCUGCCGUGAAAUCGGUGUCGCCAACAUUCGCGAGUACGAACAGGAGUAUGUUAAACAACAGCAGGAGGUGGAUCGCAAACGGCUGCAGUUUGAGUCCCAGCGCACGCGCCUCACGGCCCAGCUGGAGUACGAGCAGGGCCAGCUGCAGCAGCAGAGCAAGAAGCUGCGCAAACUACAGGACACCAUCGACAAGGAGGAGGAGACCGUCCUCAACCUCAAAAAGGAGGAGGAGAAUAUGCUGGCGCAGGUGGACGAGUCUCAGGUGCGAGUGCAGGAGCUCAAGGACGUGUGCACAGAGAAGAAGUCCGAAGUCGGCACUGCCAAAGCUGACCUGGACCAGAAGGUCAAGAACUUGCAGGAAGUCUCCAGAGAGCUGGUGCGUCUGCAGAAGCAGGUGCUGUCUGCGGAGGGGUCCCUGGAGCAGAAGAGGCUGAGCCGACACAACCUGCUGCUGGCCUGCAAGAUCGAGGGCACCCCCCUCACUCUGCUCUCUGGUACCAUAGACGACAUCAGCGACGUGCAGCUGGACUCUGAGUCCCAGAGCACGUGCACGCUGGACAUCUAUGAGCGUGAGGAGCAGAUGCUGAUAGACUACUCAGCCCUGGCAGAUGAACUCAAGGCGGUGAGUGAGGAGGGGGAGGUGGAGAAGGCGCUGCAGGGUCUGAGGGAGAAGCUGUCCUCCCUGGACGGGGUCAUCCAGCGCUCUGAGCCGCCCAACCUCAAGGCCCUGGAGAAGAUGAGGGAGGUCAAGGACAGCUUCAGGAACGUGGUGGACGCUUUUGAGGAGAGCACCAGCAUGGCUCGGCGCUGCAACCAUGAGUUUGAGCAGGUCAAGACCAACCGGUUCCGUCUCUUCAGUCAGUGCUUCGAGCACGUGUGUGUGGCCAUCGACCAGAUCUACAAACAGAUGUGCAGGAACACCAGUGCACAGGCCAUCUUGAGUGCGGAGAACCCUGACGAGCCGUACCUGGACGGCAUCAGCUACAACUGUGUGGCGCCGGGCAAGCGCUUCAUGGCCAUGGACAACCUGUCCGGCGGAGAGAAGGCCAUCGCCGCCCUCGCACUCAUCUUCGCCAUUCACAGCUUCCGGCCCGCUCCUUUCUUCGUGCUGGACGAAGUGGAUGCUGCACUGGACAACACCAACAUCGGCAAGGUGACAGGGUUCAUAAGGGAGCAGUGCCAGGAGAACUUCCAGGUGAUCGUCAUCUCACUCAAGGAGGAGUUCUACUCCAGGGCAGACGUACUGCUGGGAGUCUACUCUGAGUCUGGUGAGACCAUCUCCAGCCGUGUGCUCUCGGUAGACCUCACGUCCUACCCCCUCACAGAGGACACCCCCUCACAGAGGGACACGGAGAUGUAGACAUGGUGGGAGAGAGAUGGCAGGGUCUCAGAGAGAGAGAGAGAGAGAGAGAGAUGGGAGAGAUGGGAGAGUCAGGAGAUGGACUCAGGGAGAUGGGAGAUUCUAUAUCAGGAGAUGAGGUGGACAGAUUGGAGAGAGAGAUCGAGGGACCCAACGAGAAGGAAAGAGUGCAUCAAACAGUUAAGGAGAUGUUUGACAGAGAUGUGAGAAACAUUAUGGAGGAGUUAGAUGCUAUUUUUAAACAUUUCUUUGUUUUGUUGAAGAUUUUUUGUUGCCUUUGUGUCUGUUUUCACAAACUGGAUUUCACAAACUGUUUUUAUUGAAAUUUAAUUGCAUUACCUUCACGGACAAAUUUGAUACAUUUUUACACAUUUUAAAUUGGCAAAUAGCAUUUUACACCCCAUCCCGCCCAAAAUUGCACUUUCAGUUGUUUGAUGAUGAUGUUAUUUACACACAGUAAUGUUGCAAUGUUAUCUAUUUUAUAUGUUAUAGUUUUUUUUUUAUGGUCAACUGUAAAACUUUCAGCUAUCAAUAAAUUAUUGUGGCUUUGUAAA